AUGCGUGUUGGUAAUCUGCUGAACAGAGCGCAGACAGAAAAGAUACAGGAAUCACGCGAUGCGCUGCACCAGCUGGAAAAGCUGAUAGUAGAAGGAGAAACAGCCGAUGUUUUCAAAGAUUUUUGCGAAUGCAUAAGCAUAAUAAUAGGCUGCAAAAAGGGCGAAAUACCCAAGAGUCUUCUGCAAUUUAUGAGUGAGCUAAUGAAGAAACUAAAGCAUAUGAAAAUUGGUCGAAACUUUAUUCAUAAUCUCAUUAAGUAUUUAGUUCGCGGCGUAGACUCUAAGCUAAAACACGUGCGGUACAACAGCCUCUCUCUUCUCAGAAGCUGCAUAGAGCACCUGGACAGCAUCAGUCCCAGGCUGUGGGAGGUGGUGAAAAUAAAAAUAGGAGAAAAGCUAUUUGACAAAGAGAUAACAGUGCGGCUUCAGGCAGUUCACAUAGCUGCAAAGUACCAGGAAACAGCCAUAGAAGGAGGUCUGCACUUCUAUCGCCUCUUCAAGGAUCUUCUCAGGUACGAUGCAUCAGCUGACGUACGAAAGCUUGUUCUCCAGUACAUUGUAGUGAACAAAACCACGCUUCCCGCCAUUAUCACUCGGUGCGGAGACAGCAAUGAUGCAGUUCGCAUGGUCUUUGUGGUGAGCAAGCUGUCUCUCAUUCCCUGGGAUGACAGUUUAACGCUGGAGCAGAGAUCAACACUGUUGCAGACUCUGGAGGAGGAGAGAGACGAAGAAAUAAGAAAAAGGUUCUUGGAAAGAAUUGAAAUAAUUUUUGAAGAAUCUUUUAACGGAAAGUACGAACUAUUCACAGACGCGUUUUAUCUGGAAAACCGAAACAACAAGUCUCUGGAGCGGGUUUUAAAAGAGCUAAUGAAGAGGUACGAAUAUGCAGAUGGAUUCAAUGAGGAGUUCCUGGAAAGAGCCACCCCAUCGCUGCUAUUUCUUAUGUGGGUUUCACUGGAGUACAUUGACGGUGACAGAGGACGCGACAAUAUAACGCUUCCUGAUAUGGCGGUUUUACUGAAAUCAAUUGCAGAGGCGUCUUGUUCUGUGGGCGCAGGAGACCAGUAUGGAGGCACGCUUGCGCAUGCACUGUUUGCGCUGCUAGAGUACUACGAUAUAUUCCAAAGCUCCGAAAGAAACCUCCUUACCAAAUGUGCUUUAUACAUUCUAUCACAGCCAGCUGUUUUACUGCCGGGUGUAGUAGAAUCCGUUUGUAAGAUGAUUAUUAAGGCAUGCAGUGGGUCAGAGAGUGACAAAAUAUACGUCAAAGCUCUUUCAAUAGGAGAGGAAAGAACACAGAUACUUUUUGCAGAGGCUCUUCUCAGAUCAAAAGGCUUUUCGUGCAGUAAGUUUAAGUCCAUUUUUGAAAUGAUCGAAGGAAAAAUCAAAAACACAAUAUACUCCAACGAUGCUGACAUAAAAGAGUACAGCAUUAAAAUACUUGUGCUAUGUGCUGCUGAAAAGAACGAAUGCGAUGAGGCAUUAGAUGUGCUUAUCAAACUGGCAAAACAAAACUGGCAAAGUGCUUUUUGUGCCCUGGUAGAUCUUUCUAUUAUUUUUAAAGACAGAAAAGAUGUUUUCAAUACCACCUUUGAAAUUGUAAAAACUACCCAGUUCUCACUUCGCGACAAAUCAAUAACAAAGCUGCUUUUGUCUGAUCUGCCCACAGAGGAGCAGGCACAGGAGCUGAUAGAAGAAGUGGUGCGAAGGUUUUAUUCAGAGGAAACUAACUUGGAGGACGCGCAGUAUUUGCAUGUUUUUUUCUACGAGUAUUUCAGAAGGAAGCACUGGGUUGUUUUCACAGUUUACAAAAAUGUCAUUUCAAAGAUAAAACACUGGAAGGUCUUCAAUGAUCAGAUUAUUUACUGGUUUGAGAGCAGAGUGGAUUUGGCGUACAAAGAAAGCGAUCUGCUGCUUAUUGUGCUCUCCGUGUCAUUGAAGGCAUCGAAGGCAAACAGUGCGCCAGAGUCCACACACAAAGAAAAAAAAGAAAUACUUCAAAGACAUUUAGACCUACUCAGCAAAGUAACUGGAUUGAAAUAUACACUUACUGAAGAAGAAGCCCAAAAGGCAAUAGAGCUAUCCAGUGCGCUAAGCAAGCAGACAGUUAAAAUAAUGCCAGACAACGAUGUGGUGAAGAACAUACUAUUCGAUCUUAUUAGCAGAGAAUAA